UUAUUUGCCUUGUAACAGAAUGGGUUACUACUGUUGUAUAAAUAGAUCACCUUAGUCUGUAAUUACAAUUCGAUCAUUCAAACACAUUCUCUUCUUAUACAAAACACACUCUCUCUAUUCUCUCUCUGUCUACAAUAUGAAUCUGUGCCAUAGUUAAUCAUCUUAACAACCUCAAUCUUAACCACUAGACCAAGACAUCCUUGAUUAAGGUCGCUUAUAAAUAAACAUACGUUUGGUCUGAAACAAAUACAGAGUUCCUUAAUCUUUGUACCAUUCUUAAACUCCCCAAAAGAAAAGAAAGGAAAAAAAAAAAGAGACCAUACAGUAAUCUGAUGGCGGAGGACAGAGGUAGCAUUAGUUUCUUUGCAACCUACCGACCUCCCGUGGCGCUUGAGAUAUACUCAACGCCAUAUCGAGUUGGGUCAUCAUCGGGCCAAAAUGAGCGCUGUAUUACUGAUGGAGAGUUCUAUAACUACAAUGGCAAAGCCAUACGCAAGGCGGACCUUAAGAAAAUGCUCGAGCAUCCCAAAAUGGCGACGGAAUCGGGUGCAAAGCCUGACGACGUAGAUUCAGGUCGCGUCACAGGCGGCCUAGUCUUUGUCUCGGAACGAACCGAUGGCCUCGAAACGCUUCAUAUAGCGGUUCGCUUCAAUGACAACACUGUCAAAGUUGUGAAUUUCGCUGAGGUUUAUGGAACCUGCAAAGAAGCACGCCUUGAAGAUUGUGGGUGUAUUAGUGGUGAUUAUAUAUACUAUGUCUCCACCAAGUACGAUCCUGGUCAACCUCAUCAGCCUUGGAAUUCUGUUUUUCAAACCCAACUCUCAACCGGAAAAACUCAACGUCUAACUCCACCAGGGCAAGCUGAUUUUAGUCUCUCAAUAUCACCAGACGGAAGUAAAUUAGCUGUUGCCUCCUUGGAAAAGAAAGCUGGUGGUUGGUGUGUCGAGAUCGAAGAUUUAGAGACUAAUAUAUUUGUCAUCGACUUGGACGUGCCUUUAGAACGCGAUUUGGUUGUGACGGACGGUGGUUGGCCAACUUGGGGGAGUAACGAUGUCCUAUUUUUCCACCGUAACAUUGAAAAGGUGAAAAUGCAAAAGAGUUGGGGUGUCUUCCGCAUCAAUGUUGAUGAGGGCACCAAAUCUGUUAUUCGAGUGACGCCAGAAAACAUUAGUGCAGUAACUCCUGCCGCCAUCGAUGAUACCACAGUGGCAGUUGCAACUAUGCGGAAGUCAUCAGGUUUCGGGGAUCAACGUACAAUAGAACAAUAUCGGCACAUUGAAGUUUUUAAGGUUCCAAUUGUUAGAUUAAUGAUUCAAACGUGGAGUUUGUUAGGUUAGUUGGAAUUAGUAAUGUUAGUAGUGGGAGUACAUGCAGUAUGUAGUGGCUUUAAUCAUGGGAUUAUGGGAAUAUUGUUCCUCUUUAUUAGGAUUAGUUGGUUAUCCUUAUUUCUAUAAAUUAGGAGUCUUUAGUGUUUUGUAUGUUACGUUGAAUAUGAGUAAUAUAUCAGUUUGAUGAAAUUCUAUCUA